GGCGAAAAGGGAAAAGACACGAAAAGAUGCGAAAAAGACACGGAAAGACUUCUGAUUUGUUUCCUUUCAGACGUCAGACUUAUUUUCAGGUUUACUUUUAUCAAAAUUGGGGUAAUCCUUACCAUCUACGGUCCCUACAAGUUUGUUUAUCUACACAGAGUUUCUAUGUACACGGUAGCCAUGUCAGUGUUGCCUUCACAUGGUCCGAGCAGGCACCCAAUAUUAGAAGACUUCCUUCGCCUGUAUCCAAGUUGUGAUGAGGAUCUCGCUGACAGAGUGUUUUUGAUUUAUCAAGAUCUGACGGAAGUGCGAGGCUGGUGGUACACAGAGCUGGCCUACAGCGACACUCUCGGCCGGCCGUUUGUGAUUGGUAAGCGAAACCGCCAGACACCGAGGCAAGCCGUCUUACCUUUAGGAUCUGAGGAGACAAUCUCGCUCGUCGAAGCUCAGCACAUGUUUUCUGGGAUCAUGAUUGACGGAGAACCUCAGAAAAU